UGUAAAGGCAGCGGUGAGCACUGCACGCUCACGCACAGGGCACUACCUCCAAUCCAAUCCUUAGCUUCAUCGAUCUUUCUCUCAUCACUCCCAAAAUUCAUGCAAAAGCAUCCAUUCCUCCUCGCCAUCUUUUAGGUCUUUCAAUUCUCACCCAAAUUAAACCAACCGCCCAUCUUUCUUCUUCCUUCCUUUUAUCUCCGAUCUUCCCAGGCCAAUAUUUUCUCGAUCAAUUCAAAUCGCCAUUGAUCUUCCAAUUCUCCGAUGGCUGACAUCAUCCACACACACAACCGCACACAGCCUCCUCGCCGCAGCAGGCGUCUCUCGCCAUCGUCCGCCGUGCAUUACGUCCUCCGAGAACAACGCGUGCUCUGCCUUCUCAUCGGCGUCGGCCUGUCGACGAUUAUCUUCGCGUUCGGCCCAUCGCACGGCGCCGGGAUCGCGGCGGCUGGCUCGGCCCAGUCGGCGCCUCCGAUCAUUCCUCGGAGGGUGAUGUACGAGACGUCUCAGACCUCGCUAAACGCCGUGAACGCAGGUGGAAGAAUUUCGAUGGGGUUCAAGAGAAAAGGGCUGAGGAUAUUGGUGACCGGGGGAGCCGGGUUCGUGGGGAGCCAUUUGGUGGACCGGUUGAUCGCUCGGGGCGACAGUGUAAUAGUGAUCGAUAACUUCUUCACCGGCCGGAAAGAAAACCUGAUACAGCAUUUCGGAAACCCCCGGUUCGAGCUCAUCCGCCACGACGUCGUCGAGCCCAUCUUGUUGGAAGUAGACCAGAUCUACCAUUUGGCUUGCCCUGCCUCCCCUGUCUAUUACAAGUACAACCCUGUCAAGACCAUCAAGACAAAUGUGAUGGGAACAUUAAACAUGUUGGGUUUAGCAAAGAGGGUUGGUGCUAGGUUCUUGCUGACAAGUACCAGUGAGGUGUAUGGUGACCCUUUGGAGCACCCACAGACCGAGACUUACUGGGGCAAUGUCAACCCCAUUGGUGUUAGGAGUUGUUAUGAUGAGGGAAAACGUACAGCUGAGACAUUAACGAUGGAUUACCAUAGAGGACUCAACAUUGAGGUAAGAAUUGCUAGAAUCUUUAACACAUAUGGACCGCGUAUGUGCCUUGAUGAUGGCCGUGUUGUUAGCAAUUUUGUUGCUCAGGCAUUAAGAAAGGAAGCUAUGACUGUGUAUGGAGAUGGGAAGCAGACUAGGAGUUUCCAGUAUGUUUCUGAUUUGGUAGAAGGCCUAAUCAGAUUGAUGGAAGGUGAUCAUGUUGGUCCAUUCAAUCUUGGGAAUCCUGGUGAAUUUACAAUGCUUGAAUUGGCAAAGGUUGUGCAAGACACAAUUGAACCAAGUGCGGAGAUAGAGUUCAGGCCAAACACGGAAGACGACCCUCACAAGAGAAAGCCAGACAUCACAAGAGCCAAACAACUCCUUGGAUGGGAGCCCACAAUCUCCCUCCGGGAGGGGCUUCCGCUCAUGGUUUCCGACUUCCGGAAACGGAUAUUCGGCGACGAGAAGUUCGUCUCCGGCGUCGACACUCAGUAAUAUAAAGCUUCGUUUGUCUCAUCAUUAAAUGAAAUAAGAAAAAGAUGUAGAGAGGUGGUAAUAAUAAGGCAAAAAAUUGGAAAAUAGUCAUUAGAAUGAGUUUAGCUUCUUUUUUUUUUUUUUUUUGUUGGUAAAAUUGUAUUUAGUGCUCGAGAAUAAUGUCUUCACAGAGUAAAAUAUAUUGUAUAAUUUUAGUAUACUAGUCAUGUAAUUUAUUUCGAAUGAUACAAAAACAUGUAUCAUGAAACAACUAUUUAUCAAGUAAAGAAAAUUUAAAAAUG